UUAAUGCUGAUUAUUUGCAUCCAUCUAAUAGUUUGUCUGCUAGUUGCACCGCGAAAUAGUCUUUUCUGCUGAGCACUGUUCACUUUCUAACAUGGUGAGAUAUCGGUGGUUAAUAACAACCCUUGUGAUCUUUUCAAUAAUAGAGCUGGAAGCAGGCGAUUGCAGCAAACAUUUUACCGAAAUAAACGAUUGUGAUGAUAGUGAUCGGCGGGCAGAAAGUUUAAGAAAUGUGAAUUUCUUGGUUGGGAUCGCAGAACGCGGCGCGAAUGCCAGGAAUGAGAUUAGUAGUGAAGUACGCGAGUGUGCCAAGGAUUUAAGGAUAUUUUUGGAAGCAGUUGACACUGGUGAAACUUGGGCAACAAAAAUGAUCGAUGCGUUUGGUAAUAUGCCCCGGUCAUUUAUUUGGGGGAAUAAUUUUUGGUUCUCCUCGCCUGAACUCUGCUCAGAUAUUAAUGAACCAUUAUACAUCUCAUUAUCACCGAGUAUUCCGCGCAUAACUAAUAAGAAUUUGAUGAAUAUGACGAGCCCUUUCAAAGUUCAUUUUCAAAUGGUCUACUUUAACUAUACCACUCCGAUGCAGGCAGACUUGAAACAACAACAUGAGCCGCACAUAGAGAUUGGACUAUGUGUUCCAGUACAAUGUCCCAAAGAGGCCAUCACAAAUUGGGCACAAAAGUAUUUUGAGGAUAAUCGGUUUAUUCCUCAACGCAUAUAUGAUAUCAAUAUGACCACUGUCGAUAGCAAAGUGCCAGAAUUUAAGUCAGAAAUUUUCUCUAGCACUGGAUUUAUUCUAUUUACGUUAAUUGUUGUCACAGUAUCAUCACUAGCAGGCUUGGCUGAGAUUAUGUGCAUCUUGAAGCAGAGGCGCUCGGAAACGCACGAUAAGGAUACAGUCGCAACGGAAACUUUUCGAGGUGAAAAGUUUCUGAGGUGCUUUUCUUUGCGAGAAAAUGUCCCACGUGUACUACAGGCGACAGCACCCAAGGAAUUCGUAUCUAUUUUGGCCGGAUUAAGGACAAUUGUUUGCCUCUGGGUUACUUUACUGCACAUCUUUUACUUUUCAAUGUUUACCAUGGAUAACAUCCUAUUCCUAUAUGCGACAGGGGAAACUUUCAUCCAGCAGCCAGUUUUUCAAGCCUGCUACUAUGUAGAUGUAUUUUUUACCGUUAGUGCGUUUCUGAUGACAUACAAUCUUUUAUCGAAUAAGCAGCGUGUUUGUGAGAUAAAGUCGAACAAAUGGUUUCAGAACUUGAAAUUGUAUAUGAAAUUUGUCAUUCAUCGAAUCUUCAGGUUGACACCUGUGUUGGUAUUGACUUUAGUUGCCAGCGAUUUCGUUUAUGACAUUGUCGACAUGAGCUCCCCUUUCUAUUUGAAUGAAGACCACGACUUAUAUUGUAAAAAGAAUUGGUGGUACACUUUAUUAUAUAUCAACAAUGGCUUGUCUAUAAGGAAAAUGUGUUUAACCUGGUCCUGGUACCUUGCUUGUGAAAUGCAGUUUUAUAUAUUCUUCCUUGCCAUUAUUUUUAUUUAUAUCAAAAACGAAACUGUCGGAAAAGCGAUCUUCAUAACAAGCACGCUAGUAUUGAUGACGGUCAGCUUCCUUUGCUACUAUUCGAACUGGAAUAACUUUCCAAUUUGAUGUAAUGAGUGUAACAGCAGAAAACGUUUAUAUAAAACCUUGGACCAGGAUACCACCAUACUUUGCCGGAGUCUUAACGGGUUGGUUUUUAUAUCGGACCAGAACCUCAACUAUAAAACUAAGCGAGUUCAC